AUGGUCAGCACGCGCGUGUCUAGCCCGUUGGGCGGGCCCCUCCCCAAGAAGCCACAACCAACAACCCCUCUGCAAGCAUGGGUCACAUCGCUGCCAGCCGCCUACCGGGUGGGUAUGAUGGAGCUUGACCCAACAGUGUUUGGCGAAGAUCUAAGAAAAGACAUCUUGCAGCGCGUCGUCGUGUUUCAGCGCGCAUCCUGGAGAGCGGGUACUGCCAAGACAAAGACACGGAGUGAAGUGCGCGGUGGCGGAAAGAAACCGUGGCAACAGAAGGGCACUGGACGCGCACGUGCCAGCAGCAUUCGCUCUCCUCUCUUCCGAGGCGGUGGCACGGUGCACGGCCCAACCCCUAAGGACUGGUCAAUCAAGCUGCCCAAGAAAGUCCAGCGGAUGGGUGUCCGCGUCGCCCUCUCGGCGAAACUGGCGCAGAACGACCUCCUCAUUGUGGAUUCGCUCAACCUCCCUUCCUCAAACGAAGAGGAUUUGCUGGAGGCUCUAUUCUCAAACUCGUUGCCGCCAAACCUGAGCGCAGCUGCAGAGGGGCUUGACGACGUGACCGUGAUGCCCCAGCGAGACAUUAAUGUGUAUGAUAUGUUGAACCACCCGACGCUGAUCAUGUCGAUGGAUGCUGUGCGCGAGGUUGAGCAAUGGCUGUCCACCUGGAGACAUGGCUCACCCGAAGACCUCACCUCCUUCCUCGAAGCAGACGACCAGCAGCAAGACCAGCAAUGA